AUGGGCGAGGGGGCGCUCGCCCUGGGCGCCUCCGAGCCCUGCAACCUGUCGUCUGCCGCGCCACUCCCCGACGGCGCGGCCACGGCGGCGCGACUGCUGGUGCCCGCGUCGCCGCCUCCCUCGCUGCUGCCCCCUGUGAGCGAGAGCCCGGCGCCGCUGUCUCAGCAGUGGACUGCCGCCAUGAGCCUGCUGAUGGCGCUCAUCGUGCUGCUCAUCGUGGCGGGCAACGUGCUGGUGAUCGUGGCCAUCGCCAAGACGCCGCGGCUGCAGACGCUCACCAACCUCUUCAUCAUGUCCCUGGCCAGCGCCGACCUGGUCAUGGGGCUGCUGGUGGUGCCCUUCGGGGCCACCAUCGUGGUGUGGGGCCGCUGGGAGUACGGCUCCUUCUUCUGCGAGCUCUGGACCUCAGUGGACGUGCUGUGUGUAACGGCCAGCAUCGAGACCCUGUGUGUCAUCGCCCUGGACCGCUACCUCGCCAUCACGUCGCCCUUCCGCUACCAGAGCCUGCUGACUCGCGCGCGGGCGCGGGCCCUCGUCUGCACUGUCUGGGCCAUCUCGGCCCUGGUGUCCUUCCUGCCCAUCCUCAUGCACUGGUGGCGGGCUGAGGGCGACGAGGCGCGCCGCUGCUAUAACGACCCCAAGUGCUGCGACUUCGUCACCAACCGGGCCUACGCUAUCGCCUCGUCCGUCGUCUCCUUCUACGUGCCCCUGUGCAUCAUGGCCUUCGUGUACUUGCAGGUUUUCCGCGAGGCCCAGAAGCAGGUGAAGAAGAUCGACAGCUGCGAACGCCGCUUCCUCGGCGGCCCGGCGCGACCACCCUCGCCCGUGCCCUCGCCGGGCUCUCCGCGCGCAGCCACCCCAGUGGCCAACGGGCGCACCAGCAAGCGACGGCCCUCGCGCCUCGUGGCCCUGCGCGAGCAGAAAGCGCUCAAGACGCUGGGCAUCAUCAUGGGCGUGUUCACGCUCUGCUGGCUGCCCUUUUUCCUGGCCAACGUGGUGAAGGCCUUCCACCGCGAACUGGUGUCCGACCAUCUCUUCGUGUUCUUCAACUGGCUGGGCUACGCCAACUCGGCCUUCAACCCCAUCAUCUACUGCCGCAGCCCCGACUUCCGCAAAGCUUUCCAGCGCCUGCUCUGCUGCGCGCGCCGAGCCGCCGGGAGGCGCCACGCAGCCGCCAGUAAGCGGCCGCGCGCGUCGGGCUGCCUGGCUGUAGCCCGGCCGCCGCCGUCGCCGGGGGCCGAAGACGACGACGACGAUGACGACGUCGGGGCCGCGCCGCCCGCGAGCCUGCUGGAGCCCUGGGCCGGCUGCAACGGCGGGGCGGUGGCGGCGGACAGCGACUCGAGCCUGGACGAGCCGAGCCGCCGGGGUUCGGCCUCUGAAUCCAAGGUGUAG